AUGGGAGACACCGCGUUGGUUGGACAUGGAGUGACUAACGCCAGUGGCAAUAGGAAUCAAAACUCCCCCACAGUAUCACUUCCAGACACGGAGUCAAGUCAUCGUUAUUUUCCUAUUGACCCAGUACAACAAGUCAAGAAACAGGAGAAAAGUAUUGUUCGUUCGAAGCAUUCAUUCCUGAGUGGGACACCCGUUGAAGAGUUUAUAGCAAAAUACCAAGUGAUAAAAGUAUCGUGGAAAGGAAAAUAUGAGCGUAUUCUGGCACUCUCGCCCACGCGCUUCUGUACGAUCGACCCUAAGGACUUUGAGGUUACCAAUACAUGGUCAUUUACGGCGUUACUAAGCAUCAGUCUCGACGUUAUGGAUACCCAGGGCUUUUCUAUCAUGUUAAAAGGACCACAGAAGAAUGAACAACUUCGAUUGCGCUGUCGUUUUCGAUCCAAAUUACUGUCGGAUCUCUAUCGUCUUAAAGAGCAGUAUCAGCAAUGCAAUGUAAGACCCGAGACGGGGUUUCAGUGCUCUAAAUGGUCACGGAAAGGGGAAACUCUGAGCUGUAUAUUGAAUGUAAGGACGGACGGAGUCACCAUGUUGCAGCAAGGUAUUGUACGCUCCAAGUAUUUAUACACAGAGAUGGAGCACUUGACAUUGCUCACAGACUCGCAGGAUGGAUUUGCUAUUGGAUACACAGGACGUAGUAGACUGCUCUUUAGUCAGCAAAGAGGAGACAUUUACCAACGCAUUCAGGCAGCGGCCGAAGAAGUUGGCUGCAAGAUACAAGCAAGAGUCAAUACGACUGCGGAGAAGAUUCAGAAAGAAAGAGCGCAGUAUGGUGUGAAUAAAGGUGAAGCGUUUGUGCAGUUUCAUGUGAGAAAAGUGACACCAAAAUGCAGUAAACCAUGCUCGCGCAUUCUUUCACUCCACGAGAAGGUUUUUAUUGAGUUGGAUACGGACAAAAACGUUAUUGCGUGCUACAAAUACUCGGACAUUUAUUUGCUAGUGCGAGAGACGGCAAAUGCAGACCAAUUUAAGAUUCAGUUUUGCAACGAACAGCUGCGGACGUACAUAGCCAAGGACCGAGAUGGCGUUUUGAGCGCCUUGUAUGACAUUUGUGUGACGUGCGAGGAAAACUCAGAGUUAUUCAUCAGCGGUGUUGUGAACCAAAGAGGUCUGCGGUUGCUGCCCUUUUCUGCCGUAGAAGAUACGACUGAAACGCACUCAUUCUUCAAUGACUCUUCGAUUGGGAACUGGUAUCUUCAGCGCAUGGUAUCAGUGGGGAAGCUUGGGAAUUCCUUGAAAGCUGGCGAUAGGAGCUUUGUCGAGAUUGUGGCCGAGUUUAAUGCAAACGUACCUGCAAGCGGUAUUCCUUACAAUACAAAGGAUUCGAUCGUUGGGGAUGCUUUACGGCCGAUGUGUGCUCAACUUUACUACGUCGCUAAGAUAAAACCCGUUCCGGAACGCUCUGCUGUAACUCUUCUUGAAGCAUUAUUCCGUAUUUCAUCGUCUUACUACGGUUUUCGUGAGAUUGGACAAGCUGGUCAAAUUUCGGAAACUAUCACGAAUCUUUUAAUCAACGGUGACGAAUUUGUUGUGUUUUGGACAACGCUUCUUUUAAGCCGAAUGACAACACACACGCCCCUGACGUCAGAUAAUACCUCCUUGAGACAUUGCACGGAGGUAGAAAUGCAUAACAAGAAGGUGUUGCUUACGAACACUUAUCUGACGCGGUCUCUUCUCACACAUUUGGAGGAUAUUGACGUGGAUCCAGACUGCAAGAGCACAUCUCGCCGGCCUAGGGCUGGCUCUCUCGUUAUGAUGGGAGUGCUACAGAUUCUUGAAGGCUGUCUUUGCUCUCGAGCUACUACAACUGGACCUGUUGAGCUGAAGGCUUUGAUUGAAGGAGUAGCGAAAUCUUACAGUACGCUGCUGAAAGUGCUUUUUCAGUCUCGAUGUGCAACCACUGUCGAGGCGUGUACUCUGUUGCUGAAGACCACGCUCGAGGAAUGUGACCCUGUUGUAGCUUCGACCAUACGAGAUAAAGCACUGACAGAAGGCAUUGUGCUGAGGCACUUUUACCAGGGACUUUUCGAUGAAUCGUUCGAUCAGCGUACUCCGGCCGAGGUCGAGGACUAUGAUCGACUUGAACGUCAAGCAAUGGAAGCAGAAAGGCACGAACGUUUUGGAGAAGAAAAUGAUGACCGCGUGUCCUCCACAAGCCGUUUAACAAAUCAAAACGGGUCAAUUGGUUGGUUGUCUCGUGGUCAACCAAGCAGUCUUGCAGAUUCAGACGCUUCCCGAGAGAAACCUUUUCAAAAGAGUGAUUUGACGGAAGAUAUGGGCGAUAUAGAUGAGGAGAUUCGCCGCCUAUCAGCGACAAACUUACCAGCCACAGAGAUUUGCUCAUCAAUUUUGGGCGAGCGAUCAUCACUGGCAAGAACGGGUGGCAAUGGACGAGAUUGUUUUGAUACACCGAUUGAAAAUGGUCGGUCGAAGGCUCGGAUGUUGCGCAAGCUGAUAAGUUCGGUUGAUGGAACAAUCGUACGCUUUCCAAGCAGUCCAAGGCACGCAGAUAUAUUGCGUAGCUCCAGUUACGGCUCCACACCUCGUCUCCGAAAGAGAGAUGUUGCCUUGAGCUUUUUUGGUACGCUUGGUGGCAAAAAGACACCUUACCGUGGGCACAAUUUUUCGAAGGCGAAACGUUAUGCAGUGCCGCGCUCUGGCCGCGUACAAGCGAAUUUUCGCCUUCUCUUCUAUAUGAUCAGUCAAGACCACGAGACCGUUGACCUCAUUUGGAAUAAGAAAACUCGUGAGGAGCUUCGGAUAGCUCUUUACAACGCAGUCAAGCAUUUCACUCGGUUUCAAAUCACCCUCGGGGGCAUGAAGGCCCGAUGGAACUUUGAAGAUUUUAGCGUGUCGUAUCCAAGCUUAGCCAAUGAGGUCAUGGUUGGUGGGUGUUACAUCGGCAUUUUAGCGCACCUACGCAGCAAGAUAUCAUUCUUUGGGACAGUCACAGAUGAGGAUGAAUUUAUGGCUCUGACUCCGGAACAGGUCCAUGUUAGAAAUCCAGCAGCAGUCUUGGCUGCGCUUUAUGUACGAAUGCUACGAGAAAAUAGUCAUGCUGAGUACCGGGAGGAUUUAGAGACGUCGAUACUGUGCAUCAAGAGCAUAGGAGUUGUAGCUGCUGCACAUGCUGGAAACAAAAACGCCGCGGACUUUGAGGAAGUUGGGUACCUGUGGGUGCUGAUGAGCGAGACGGUGCAUGCUUCCAUGCUGGAGAAUUUUCUCCAUACGGUACGAGCAUUAUGCCUGCACCCUGGAAAUGCGCGGCGGGUGUUAAGCGAUGAUAACAACCUAGAGCUGGCAAUUUGGCUUCUCCAGUUGGUGCACGUAACUCGCCGCAAUGUGUCCGACAUUGCCAACCCGAAGAAGCUUUGGGUCCUCGAAACACAGCAAGAUGAUCCGUCGUGCGAGUCGUCAACGACCAAGGGAAAGCUGAUGGAUAUAUCCCAACUGCGCUGGGAAGUGGGAAUGUUCGGGGUGCUGCAUCCACUUCAGAUGGCACACGAUGCAAUUAGUAUUUUGCUCUCAGUGGCGCGCUGCAACUCGUUGCUAGGUGACGGCAGCUCACACGGUGGUAACCUAGCAUCACCUAUUUUUCCUCUGCCUCGGGGCCAGACGACGCUAUGGAGAUACGCCAGACAAAUUGUUCCUGUUUUGUUAUGCAGCAAUCAUCCUAAGCUUUGGAAGAAGACGGCGACACUACUUGAGUUUUUGUAUUCUGAUCGGCUGUCAACUGCUACAACCGAAGAAGAUGCCACCAAUUUGGGAUCGUUAUUUUGUUGGGGUUUGUUCUAUUUGGCAUUCAUAGGGGAAACAUCCGAUUUUAGAGCAAUGGCUGGCCUGCUAAAAGCUACACAUCGCCGUCAGAUCGGAUUCAAUGGAACCAGUGCAUUGAAGAGAAUUCUUCCUGAGGACAUGAUAAACUUACUGGAAAAUUCAUCUCCGGCUGCGUUCACAAAAGUCUUUUGCGAAGGAGAGCAAUCACCUCAAGUAAUUUGGAGUGUCGAGAUGCGAAAGCACUUGCAGACUUUAUGCCAAGCCCACUUACAAGAUUACGCUGAAGUUUUGGUCGAAGAUGUGUCUCGUGAGUGGAGAUUUUGCCCAAUGGCACCUGUUGCAUUUAAGGAACUUUCCAAUGAAGUAUGGUGUGGUGGACUUUACUUGGGCCAGUUCUGUGAGAAAGAAAGCUUUAUCUCGGACCCGUUAAAUUUUAUGGCACAGCUGACGAUGCAGUGGCGAGCUGAAGCAAGUCGACAAGAUGCUGUCAUUACUGUUGCUCAAGCACGACAAACUUUGGGUGUUUUGGAUGAAGAAUGUCGUGUUGCUACUCUUCGUGCUGGGUUCAAGGAGAAAGCCAGAGCUUUAGAGCCGUCAGACAUUGCCUACACCGACAGGUUGAGUAGUCUGCGAGAAGCGUAUCGAGUUUUGACAUGCCCAAGGCCGACUUUGCUGUCUGCUGGACAUGACCCUGAAAACUUGCUACAUGUGCUCAAUUCCUUGGUCGUCAUGUGCAAUCGCUAUCCGAAACAACUCGUUGACUACGAAUUUGAUGCGUAUGAUCUCCUGCUUCCGCUCUUGUUAGCUCAUUGCUCUGCGGAAGGAGUUCCCCUAGAAGGCACGACCAUAACCCAGGCCCUUGAGAUCUCAGUCUUCGCAGCAAAGCUUGUUUACAACACGUGCGCUGUAUCGGCUGUCAAUGAAAGAUUGCUGUUAGAACAACCAGGGUUGAACACAAUAGAGAAGGUGGUGAACUUUUGCGUUAACUCAGUCGUGCGCUGUGAAGCCACACAGAAUUCCGAGUUAUUGGAAGUGUGCGUCUAUUUGUUUCAAACUAUCACGGGGCUUUUGGCCACCCUUCCGGGUCAGCACUGGAUUGCGGAAUCGUCAACAUUGCAGGUGGACAUGGUUCGUAUUCUGUGGCUUUGGAACCACGCCGGACGAAAAUCAUGUUUGCUAUCAAAGCUCACGCAGCAAAUUCUAGAAGGCAUAUCGAGAAUGGCAGAGCUAGAAAAAAACCAGAACCGCCUUGUCAAGUCUGGAGUCUUGUGGCAAUUGUUCGUGAUCUUCUCGACGUAUGAUGUAGAGCUCGAUAAUACAAUUGCCGAUGCACGAUUAAAGAAAAGCCUUGGUUGCAAAGAAGAAGAAUAUGCAGCUGUGACUGGAGAGGUUCAAAAUCGAUUAGCCGUCAUGGCAGUUCGUGCACUAUGCAGGCUUGGUGGGCUGUUUGCUAAAGAAAGUGGCCUUCAAUUCCCGUCUAACCCAAUCGUAAAGAACGUUGCCGACGCGCUAAUGACUCCGAAUUUGUCUGAGCUUCUUUCGCUAAGCAAUUAUUACGAGUUUCUGAAGAUUUAUCACGGAGAAUGGGAGUCCUACACGCUAUUUUGGAAUCGUGAAAUGCGCCAAGAGCAGAUAAACUUUGUAACGCCAAAAGCUAGUAUUGAGCCUGACAUUUUUACAGACGAAUACUACGUCGACGCUAUUCAAUUCCGGUUCAUAUAUUUGGCAAAUCGGUUUUAUGUCGGUGGUCUGUAUAUUGAAAUGCUCAUGGGAAGCUUACUGGUUAUUAAAAAUAACCUAGGACCAGCGCCAGUAGCUGAAUUUGGUCUUACUGAAACAUUCUUUAAAGAACUGUUCUCUUUCAUUGACAGCGCAGAGCUUAGCUACCCAGAGUUUGUGAAUGAAGAGGGGAACGUGCAACAGCUUGCACCUUAUGCUGGCUGGAACAUUGAUGAAGAGCAGCGGACAACAAUGGAUCGAGUCACCGCCCUCAAAUGCUUGUCAAUCGUAACUUCGGUAGCCCCGGGACUGGUCGAGAAAAACAUGGUCACAAACGUCACCGCUAUGAAGAUGGUGUUGCGUCUUUUAUUUCCACCCGAUAACGAAGUUCACCAAAGCGAAGACGCCAGGAAGGUUUUAGUAUUCAGCCCGCAGCUAUAUGCUCCAUGCCGGUUGCACUGUAUUGCAACAUUAGAAGUGCUAUCGACACUAAAAGAUUUUGGAAUGACCGCUCUCGAAUUUGGCAUUUGUGAUGUCCUGAUUGAAUUGGUGCAUGUAUCCCAAGGCGUAGGAGCGGAGGCACUUGGGAUCAUCCGUAAUCUAUGUGCAAAUGAAGCAGGAGCAAAGUGCAUUUCAGAAAUUCUUCAAUCCGGAGUAUACUUGGAGUUCAUCGGCUGGUUGUUGCUUGAAGAAGAAAUCAGCAUUGACGAUGACUUUAAGUCUGUCGAGAAUUUGCGCAUCCCAUCAGCAAUGAUUUUGUCAGAAAUGGUUAAGGACGGAGCACCAUUAAACGUUGAAUCAAGGCGCGCACUCUGUCGCUUCUUUCCUCCUGCAAUCGUUCGGACAAUAGCUUCAAGCCCUGAUACGAUCGUGGAGUAUAUUAUGAGUGACCAUAUGACACCAGAACUUGUGUGGAGUGCUGAAUUCCGCAAGCACCAGAGAAAUAGCAUCACCAGCUUCCUCGAUAUAUACUUCUCGUCGUCAUCGACGACUGAGACGGAGAAUGAAGAUUUCAUAUCGGUGGUUGACUCGUUCGAGAUUGAUUACACUAGUCUGUACCCGCACCCCGUGGUUGGCAAUGUAUAUCUCAGGUUGUUCAUGGACGACCCAACGUUCAGGUUGCACGAUCCUAUGUAUUUUAUGACGUGCUUGUGGUCUGAGUUUGAGGUUCUGUUCAAGCAACUCGCUCAUGUUACACCUGCUCUACGCGCAAUGAUGGCACAGACAGAUGACGAAAUGAUACAACGUGAUAUUGACCUGAUUAAUUUGGUCGGGUCGUCUCUAGUGUGUCUACUGCAGGUUGAGACAUCAUUGCUGGACAGAGUAGCGAAGAUGCAAAUUCCCGCAAAGUGCUGCGACUACCUGAACGACACAGUUCGUUCUCAAGCGAUUACUAACCCAGGUCGAGGAGGCCCACUGCAUUUCGAGAGUGCUUUUGUUCUAGAAAUUAUGCGGCGAAUGAUUGUGAAGUGUCUAGAGCACGGUGAGCGAACUGCAAACCCAAGUAUCGUAUGUCACGCUAGUCGUCUGGAUCUGUUUGGGUUUCUCUUGAACAUCCUCGAUAAUCCUAAUGCUAUCGGUAAAGUAAAGGAGCCACACGUCGUGCGCGCCGAAGCAAUCGAGAUUCUAAACUUACUCGAAAAGGACCGUGUCCAAGGAAGCACUGCCCACCAGAUACUAAAGAAAUACAAGAAGUGGCAGAAGAGCUACCGUCACGAGUCCACUGAUGCGGUAAAAUCCAUGCUCACCGAAGACCCAUUUUUGAGGUCCUUGUUUCCUGAGGCAGCUCGUGUAAUACGCGCGUAUAUGCAGAUAAACCCUACAGAUUACAAUUGA